AUGAAAGCGGACCUGCUGCAGUUCGGCUCGCUGCUCACGUGGUGGUGGCUGCCCUCGCUCGGCUCGCAACUCCUGCUUAACGGCUGCUACUCGGUCCAAAUCCUCACUCCGCCCUCGACGCCCCGCACGCGCAACAAUCACGUCCAACUCGCCCGUACCGCCGUCAUCAUCGGCACGCUCUUCUACCAGCUCUUUCAAUGCGCAUCCACCGCCCAACCGAACUACUACCAGCUUCUCGGGCUGCCCCUCGACGUCGACUCGGAAGGCAUUCGUCGCUCGUUCCGAGCCCUGGCGCGCCGCUAUCACCCGGACAAAGUUGGCGAGUCCGGCGAAGCAUUCUUCAUUCACCUCCGUCGGGCGCACGACACCCUCUCUGAACCCGUCAAACGUUUCGCAUACGACCGAUUCGGCCCAACGAUUUCCGAAUGGAAGGACUGCGAGUCGGCGCGUGACUACAUGCGUCGCGGUCUCAUGAGCCUCGUUGCAUUCUAUACGAUCAACCCCGCCAUGUAUGCGCUGUUCGGAUACUUCAGUAGUAGUGGGACUCGGUCGGAUGGGAUCUCGUUCUGGCGAUUGGUAUGCCUGUUUUCGUUGCUCGCGUUCGAGGUGUGUCUGCUGAUUUCGCCAGAGUAUCCGACGUGGAUGACGAUCCUGCUGCCCAACACGACGGUGUUCGACGUACGGCAGCUGUCACAUUCGCUGUUCGUCAACUUCUUCUUUGCAAGCUUGCAGCUCAGCGCGGCGCUGGACGUGCUCGAGUACGGGGACGAGGGCGCACCGGCACGGGACGAAAAGACAAAAAAGAUAUUGGCGGAGAGACAGAUGGCGGCGAUCAGGGUGAAGGCGCAGUCGUUGGACCAGGCUGCUCAGAUGGUGAGGGUGGAGAUGAUGAGGGCCUUCGCGAGGGAGGUGGGGCCCUUGCGAGGGAAGAUGUCAGAAGACAAGAAGGGGAAGGAGGAAAGGGAGAUGAGUAAGGAAGAAGAGAGGCUGUUUGAGCGGAUCGAUGCGGUCUUGCUGAGCAAGAGCUUGGUGCAGCACAAUCCGCAGCUGUUGGUUCUCGCGGAGAAGCCGAUGAAUGAGACAGCAAACGAUAUGGUGAAGAAGGAAGAGCAAGAGCAAGACAGUAUGGCGGCACCGCCGGUGACGGUGAAGGACGAGCCGAUUGAGGGCACGCUCCCACCAGAAGAGGCAACCGACACAGCGCAAGAGGGCUUGCCGUCACACAUUGUGAUCAAAGGGGAACCCAACGACGGCAGCAUUCCGAUUGGUGCAGGUGAAACAGCCGAUGCCGCUGGGUCGACACAGGCAGCGCCUCAGGAAUCGGCACUCGAGUCGGGAACGGCGGAGGGUCCUUCAUUGGCUCAGCUCGCAAAUUCGGGUGAAAGAGAUGCCUCAGGACAGCCCUUGAGUGAUCAAGCGACGACGCAGGACGUCUCGCCGGCAGCAGCCGACACAGAUACCCUCGAGGGCGUUGCGGCUGGACCGGUGCUCUCCCUGGACGAGCCUCCAUCAGACGGUCGAGUCGCCGAGGUCACCGCCGAGGCUCCCGGCGAUGCAGCUACCGCUGUUGCUGAGACAGGGCAGCUGGAAAGCUCUGACGAUGUAAUCUAG